AUGGCCACGUCAUCAGCUUCCUUGCUUCCGUCUGUUAUCGUCUUGUUCCCCAAAACCUCAAUGAGCUUCAGAAUACGAGAGAGUGAUCGAAGCAAGCAAAGGAUCAUCAUCCAUUUCCAACAAUUUGAAUCUUUCACUUUCCCUUCGAAUUUCAUUUCAUUCUUUUCGAUUCCCCAGAUUACUCCACCACAGCUCUCAGUCUCUAAUUCUUCAAACGCUUCCUCCAUAUCAAACUCAUACCUCUCGUUCCCGAGAUUGUCACGAUCGUCUUGCAAAGCUCUGCUUAUCCAGAUUCGAUUGCCUCCGUCUCUAUUCCGUUCGAUUUCUUCCGUCCAGAUCCUUGCAAUAGGCUGCUGA